CUCGACCUCUUCAUCAUUCCCUUGUUCAUUAUGUCUAAUAGCGAAAAUGUAGUCGAGGCAUCGGACAUACUCCACCCUUUACUCCUUCCUGAACUCCUGUUACAAAUCGGUCCCUACCUGAGCCAAGCAGCUGCGCUGAACUGCGUACUCGUCUGCAGGACCUGGAAUAGCUGUCUCACCCCGUUUCUCUUUCAGCGUGUUACGCUUCACAAGCGGCAGAUACUCAACGGCAGCAAACGCGCGUUGCGGCCCAUGAUUUCGGCUCUGCAACGGUACGCCCCCAAUAUUCAGACCCUAAUAUGUCACGAUAACAAUGCGAUCCUCCGCCAAAUCGGUCCUCAGUGCACCUCAAUUGAGACCCUUGUCCUAGGAAAGAUCACCCUCGAAGUUCUCCCGAUUCUACGACUCUGCAAGGAUGUCCUGGUUCGACUCGAGUUUACACCGGAACGGCGCACUCAGCCUCUGACUUAUACUCGUAGCAGCAACAACAACAAUUGCGGUUUGAUGCCAGGACACAUCAAUGAACUUUUGGAUGCGAUCAUGGAUCUUUCGAAACUGGAACAUCUGGUCCUUGAUUACAUUGGUCUGAAAAGCGACGAGCAAUUGGACUCGUUCUUCACUUAUUGUCAACGAUUAUUUUCUCUCGAGCUGCACCAGACUGCCGUGUUUGGCGCUGCACCCUCAACAUUGGUGUUCAACAAUAUGCGCUCCAUCUCCUUCAUCGACUGUGCGAUACCUCUCUCGGAUCAGCUGAUGCUCAUGAUGCAAUGCCCCCAUUUAAACCAUAUCACUUGGAUCCGGAAAGCCCAUAUCCUUCCCAUGGAGAUGAUGGGCACGCUUAUGAAGGUUGAGCGACGUGAGCUCAAGAGUCUCAAUAUUUCGAAUGGAGUCUCCAGUGAUUUGAGCAUGGCUACGGCAUUGGCACAGCUUACGUCUCUGGAAACAUUGAUAGCACGCGCUACUCAAUUCGGUCCGGCCUCCAUGACCGUACUACUGGAUUAUCUCAGCAGCCAACUCCAGGUACUCGAUCUGAUGGAUUGUCAUGAGGUAGCCUCGGAAAUGGUGGACAGGAUUAUGGGCACAUGCACGACGCUGAAGAGUCUGAGCAUGGAUCGAGUACGAGCCUUAGAUGUGAUAGAGCAUUCACAAUGGGUGUGCGAUGGUCUUGAGGAACUUCGAGUUGUCUUUGUAGGGCCAUCGUGUUUGUCCUCGAAUGAGACCCAGCAUGCGAUUUAUAACAAAAUUGCGACUUUGAGACGGUUGCGUGUGCUGAGUCUUGGUCGGAAUGGAUCGACGACGAGAUGGUCGGCCAAGAGUGUUUUGGACUUGAGUCUUGCAGGAGGACUAGGGCAGCUGGCACCGUUGACAGAGUUGAGGGAGUUUGAUUUUUGUCAGAUGCCACACCGGUUGGGGAUGGGGGAGUUCAAGUUUAUGCUGCGAUGUUGGCCUAAACUGGAAACGAUGCACGGACACCUGAAUGCGGACAGGGAUCGGGCUGCGUUUGUGGAGAGCUAUCUGAGGAACGAGCGACCUGGGAUCCGACUGAGGAACAAUCUUCGGUAUGGGCGCAAUCCGAUACAAACAGAGUUAGGGUUUUCAUCUUGUGAGUAAUAAAAACAAAGCAACAUCCCAAC